UCUUCUGAAACGUGUCGCUUAUUUCUCGACCACCGGGUCGUUGAGUGGUUGGACCCUUUCUGUGUCCGUGGGGAGAAAGGGGUUAAGCGGACAUUUGGAAAGACCCUGUCUUGGCGUAUAAAGGGCCCGUUACCCACGCAGUCCGGGGGCCUGUGCUGGCACUACAGCGGCAGUGAUGCAGCCUUCUCCGUCGUCUCUACAAAGGCACACAGAAACGCGUCGGUAACCGAGAGAGACACGGCAGACCAGCGGAGUCUGCCGCCCGGGGCCCCCCUCGUCCUCCCUCACCCUCCCUCACCGCUGCCUCCUCCUGACCCGGCAUGCGAGGAUGUCCAGGAAGAUAAGAAGCGGCAAAGGUCGAGCAGCGAGCCGGAUCGAUGCUCCCACGGCCGGUGAAGUAGACUCGACAAAAACCGUGUAGUUCGCCUGAACCCUGGCAGGAUUGGGCUCGGCUCCUCGGUGGCUUCCAGAGACUCUCAGGAUGAGGAAACCCAGAGUGAUCCGGAUGGUUUUUGCCUUGUCCCUGGGAUGUUUCGUCAUGGUCAUAUUCUACUUUAACAGCAGUCUGAAGCCAGCCUCAGAGGCGGUGGGUGAAAGCAGCAGCAGACAGAAGUCGAGGAGGAGUCCUCUACAGACGCUUUACGAUGGCGAUCAGGUUGAGUCGGCGGUACAGGCGAUCCAUCAGGGCAGACGGGAGCUGCUGGAAGAAGCUUGUCGCUCCUAUACCCGCAAACGCAGAGUCCUCAUCCCCGAGGACCUGAAGCACAUCAUCGUGGACGACCAGCACGGCUUGCUCUACUGCUACGUGCCCAAAGUGGCCUGCACCAACUGGAAGCGGGUGCUCAUGGUUCUGACGGGCGUUGCCGGGUCCAACAGAGACCCUCUCGCAAUCCCUGCCAACGAGGCCCACAUCCCCGGAAACCUCCGCACACUUUCUGAGUACUCCACCUCCGAGAUCAAUCAGCGGCUGCGCUCAUACCUGAAGUUCGUCUUCGUGCGCGAGCCCUUUGAGCGGCUGGUGUCUGCGUACCGCAACAAAUUCACACGGAGCUACAACACAGCCUUCCAUAAACGAUACGGCACUAAGAUAGUGCGGCGGCACAGGCCGGACCCGCAGCCGGAAGCUCUGGAGAAAGGAAAUGACGUCUCCUUUGAGGAGUUUGUCUAUUACCUCGUGGACCCAGCCACCCAGCGAGAAGAGCCCUUCAACGAGCACUGGGAGCGGGUGCACUCACUGUGCCACCCCUGCCUCAUCCACUACGACGUGGUGGGGAAAUACGAGACGCUGGAGCAGGACUCCCGCUACGUGCUGCAGCUGGCCGGGGUGGAGGACCAGGUCAGCUUCCCCACCUCGUCCAAGAGCACCAGGACUACAGGAGACAUGGCUGCCCAGUUCUUCCACAACAUCAGCCCUUUUUAUCAGAAGAAGCUGUAUAAUCUCUAUCGCAUGGACUUCCUGCUCUUCAAUUACUCUGUACCAGCCUACCUCAAGUUUAGAUGAGGCUGGAUUUCACUCGCGCACACAGAAACUUAAUUACAGAGCCUGGACACCUGCAGAAGAAGCUUCUCCAUGCAAACACUGCAAGUUCUGUUUUAACAGAAACAAGAGCAAUCCUUAUCAGAGCUCCAAAGAGAACUAAUUUUAUUCCUGAGACAGAACAUUGGAUGGAGAACUCUUGAAGGAAUCAUAAGAUCAACAUUGAUGCCUGAAAAAAUAAAAUAAAAAUUUAAAAAAAGGCAAAUCCUAUUGUACUGUAGUUAUCGAGCAACUAGAUGUUGCUCAUUGCUUUUGAAUGUGUGAAACCGGGUUGGGCGAUAUGUUGAAACUUUCCAACCGGGCCACCGUCAGUCCAACUACUGCAUUGCUAUAAUAUCUGUUUGCAAUCAUAAAAGAGAUAUUUGAGGAAAAGAAGAAUCAGCUAUUUGGGUUUAUUAUGGUUGUAACUGUCUAAGGUCUACGUCAUCAAUCGCGAUAACUCUAACCGUAUAUUUAUGAGCGAGGCAAAACUGGCUUUUCUGUUGUCAGUCAGAAUGAUUCGUUUCUCUGUUCCCAGUUUUCCAAAUCUUGGGAGAAACAUACUCUGAUUGCCUGGAGUUGGAGUUAAGGUUAGUUUAAGGUCCAAUAAUGACAAUUUAAACCUCAGACGGUUAAACCGGACAAACUAAAGGAUCUAAACUAAGCAGUAAGAUGAAGUGCGUCCACGCGGUACAAACAGCAGGAUGACCUGCUUGCUAAUUGAUUAGGUUGCCCAACUGCACAUGUAGUUUUUGGUCUACUUCUUUAAUUUGAUUGAAUAAUAUAGAUGUUUUUAUUCAGUGCCAAUCAAUUCAACAGCAGCCACUUAAAAAUGGCAAAAGUGUUUAGUGUUUUGUGAAAUGUUUUCCUAUACAUGUACAGUAUGAAUUGAGGUUCGAUUUAGUCUAAUAUGUCUCCAUUUAAAAAAAGAUUUCUGCUUGUAAUUAUGCAGAAUCACAACCUGAAGCUUUUGGCUUUUCUGUGCGAGCAGCAUGUGAUUGCAUGCAGGAUGUGAAGAGCGGAAAAAGGGAACGCAUUGCCGAAGUGCAAAGUGAAAACUGCUGGCUUUUAUUGGACAGUAAUUUGAAUCUAAAUUUGAAAAUGUUCGUCAGUGUUUAGUAGAACAAGCGUUUGGCAGGAUAUCUGCUGGCAGUCCUCAAAGCUCAGAGGAAUCAUUGGAUAGUAGAAAGGUUGAUCGCUUCCUGGUCCAUUAUGUUAGCAUAAUAUGCCCAGCCCCACCCACCAACCAAAAAGGAGCGAGAAAGUGCAAAAAACCCGGCUUUGGACUAUAUGCGAUAUAAACGUAUAUAUUUUUCCGAUCACUCCUAGCAUGGAAUAUCUUUGGCUUCAUUUUAUUCCGGUUGUGGUCUGCUGUUUUUAAAAGUGUAUUUGCACGACAAACGUUAUUGUUGCGAGUUCCAUAGCAUAAUGAUUAAAGUAUUAAAUUCAUGUUUAGACAGUGAAUGUCUCUCAACAUGUGUGCCUUUGCUUUUGGGCCUUUUUUGGGGGGCGGGGUCAGCUCUAAAUGACAACUUUUGUAACUGUGACUUUGUUUACUUUUUCGUACUGUAGGAGGAGACUUCUGUGUAAACUAUGAUAUUGUCUUUAUUUAUUGUGCCAUUUCUGAUUCCACAGAGUCAAACCAACCAAAAUAGGUAAAGUUUCUCUCACGAUUUUCAAAUAAAAUGCAUCUCAGAAAGAACUUGUUAAUUCCUUAAUAGUUACAAGAAUUCUCAACGCAAUAACGCAGAAUACGCCGGGCACAGUUUGCAUGUCAGUCUUUUAUUGAAAUGAUAAACCAUGACUGGAUGUGACCUAGAAGUGCUUAUAAAGGCAACGGUACUACGAAGUCCAGUCAAGCUCAAUGUCAGUGGAAAUAGGAUUAAUUACUGUUUCUGAGGGCUAUUUCCAGACCACUAAUGACAAGCUAAAAGUGCAUGUCAAACAAUUGAGAAGGCCCCAUACAGAAAAGUGCAUACUAAAUCAUUUGUUCACAAAAACAGCACAAAAACAAUCCAUGCCAUCAAUACCUGGAACACAGACAUGGUUAAAUACGACAGGCUAUAUUCAGUGGCAUCGUGCUGCACAAAAAAAUAAGAGAUCCAGUAGAAAUUUGGCAAGAACCAACUGAAGGCUCGUCACGGUUUAAAAGGCACAAAUCUACAGAAAAUAAGCACGAUUAAAAUCUAACAUUCAUCCAGACUGUGCAACGCCUAGUAUACAUUUACACUCAGUAUAUAUAUAUUAUUGCCUGAAUACGAUCAUUUGCCGUGUAACAUUUAGGAGCUGACAACAGUUGUACAGAUGUGCCAACAGUUAUUACGGUGGUUCUACAUUACUCCCACUCGCUGCAUCCACUUUGAAUGGACUGUGGUUUUGAUAAUGGCCACAGUGAGCUGGUGAAUAUGGAGACUAAAGUGCAAAACAACUCCACCCUGUCCGCGUGUUUAUUUAUUUUUUCUUCCACCACCUGUUUCCUGUAUUCUCUUUUUUACAUGCUGCUUAUCUACAGUGGGAAUAUGUGUGCCUCAGUGCUGGGUGUGAAGAGCUAUCAGCAGUGAAAACAGUAAAAAUUGAUAUAAACUAUAGUGCAAACGUCUCGAGCCCCUCAUUUCUUUAUAUUUUGCUAAAGUGGGUGCAAUGUAGUAUGCAAUGCAAAAACAGUGUCUGUGCGAUUGUAACAAGCUUCAAAGUAUUUUUGUGAUUUUGUUCAGUAGUCCUCACGAUUAGUUCUCCAGGCUUCUUGAAGGACACUCAAAGCUCUUCUCUGGAUCUUUCUACCUUUCGUUCAGUUCUCUGCCGAGAUCAUCCCACACUGCUUUAGUAAUGUUGAGGUCCGAGCUCUGGGGAGGCCGAUCCAUGACUCAGUGCUGCACCGUGUUUUGGGGAUCAUUGCCAUGCCGACAAAUGAAGUUGCUGCCAAUCAAAUGCUUUCCAUGUGGUAUUGCAUAGUGGAUCACGCUCUCCAACACCACAGUUUCCUCACAUUUUUAACAACACACUGCACACCAUGGCAAGAGAUGCCAGGUUUUCAGCUAAUACCUGUUCAUAAGUCGGUGUUAAUUGGCUUAACAGACAAAGUAUUCCUCCGGUACAAGCACUGGACUGAAAAUGGGUGAAAACUCAGCCAAUGUCCAAAGAAAAACUUUGAAAGACCUUCUAAAAACUUGGAGAACUGUUGUUCAAGACCUUCUCUUGAAGGGGGGAGGGGAAGCAACAUAUAAUGAAAGGAUGGGGAGACUCGAGAUUAUUGCACAGUACUGUAUGUUGUGAAUAAAUUAUAACCACACAAUGAAUGAUUUACUUUUCACAAAAUAAAAUCUGUUGUGAU